CCUCGGUCAAACGACACUGUAUUAAACAUUAGUCCAUUGGUUUGAUUGCUGUUGUGAAGUCUGAAGUUUCAAGUUCACGAAUUUCAACGCUAUGACCUAGUACAACUAGUACUUUUAAAGAUAUUAUUUCCUAAUAAUUACAUUAUUAGAACCACUAAAUUGGUUAAUUUUUUCGAAGAACAAAUUUUGUAAAUUUUAAGUUUGAAUUUUCAAAAUUAUGGAGGAAGACAAUUCUUUUUCUAACAGAUUAACCAAAAAGUCUCAACAAAUGCCAUUAUAUCCUGUUGGGAUAUUGGGAUUUGGAUUAGUAGCAGCGUAUGGACUUUAUAAAUUUAAGUCUCGGAAGGGAAGUACAUCUUUAUACCUUAUUCAAUUAAGGUUAGCAGCUCAAGGAACAGCUGUUGGAAUCAUUGGAAUAGGUGUACUAUAUAAUAUUAUUAAUGAAGCAACUUCAAAAAAAAGCUGAUAUUGUACACAUAAUAUGAUUUGUUAGUAAAAUGUUUAUCUAUUAAAUAGCAACAUUAUUAUUUAUUAAUAAUUGUUUAAUUUUUUUAAGCAAAUGUAUUGUUAUAUUAUAACUAUGUACCUAACUAAAAUAUAAUGUACACUCAUUUUAUGUUUUCUAGUUUAAUGAUUAAAAAUAGUAGGUAUUGUCUA